AUGGCAUCCGCGACGUCGUCGUCAUCGUCGUCGUCGUCGUCGACGUCGUCGACAUCGCACAAUGAGGUCCCUCGACAACAGCAGGUCCAGUUCCCCGUGAGCAAACUCAUCCGCGUCGGCUACUACGAGCUGGAGAAGACGAUCGGCAACGGGAACUUCGCCGUCGUUAAAAUGGCCACCCACGUCGUCACGAAAUCCAAGGUGGCCAUUAAAAUAAUUGACAAAACAAAGUUAAACGAAGAGAAUUUAGCAAAAAUUUUUCGCGAAGUGCACAUAAUGAAGAGACUGAGGCAUCCCCAUAUAAUUAGACUUUAUCAAGUUAUGGAGACAGAAAAAAUGAUUUACUUGGUGACGGAGUAUGCACCAGGUGGUGAAAUAUUUGAUCACUUAGUAAAAAAUGGCAGAAUGGCAGAGCCAGAAGCAAGAAGGGUAUUUCAUCAAAUUGUUCAAGCAGUUCAUUAUCUUCAUAGACAAAAAGUUGUUCAUCGAGAUCUUAAGGCUGAAAAUUUGCUGUUGGACGCGGACAACAAUAUAAAAUUGGCCGACUUUGGAUUUAGUAAUGAGUAUACACCAGGUGUCCCUUUAAAUACAUGGUGUGGUUCGCCACCUUAUGCAGCGCCAGAAAUAUUUGAGGGAAGACAAUACGACGGCCCACGAGCAGAUGUUUGGAGUCUAGGAGUAGUGCUGUAUGUGUUAGUUUGUGGUGUUUUACCAUUUGAUGGACCCACUAUGCAGUCACUCAGGUCUGUCGUGAUUUCAGGAAAAUUUAGGAUACCUUUUUUUAUGUCUGGAGAGUGCGAAAAGCUCAUAAGGCACAUGCUGGUUGUGGAGCCGGAGCGCCGCCUCAGCAUCUUGCAGAUCCUGGCGCACCAUUGGAUGAGCGGUGACGGGUACUCGUCGGAACCGGAGCUCGUAGUCGAGCGGGGCAGCCCCGAGAUGUCGGUCCAGGUCUCGCCGCAGCUCAAUCAAUUGGUGAUCGAAAGUAUGCUCACGUUACCGGACCUCGACGUGGACACACUCCUGCAGGCCGUACAGGGCAAUGCCUUCAAUCACGUUUCCGCGAUUUACAAUUUGCUGGUCGAUCAAUUGGAGAGCGCCGUGACGAGCGUCCCGAGCAUACAGUCCGUCCCGGGCGGCUACAUGCCCGACGACGCCCAUCAGCUCGAGAAGUUUGGCGAAACGGAGGGCGGAGAAAUGGAAGAACGGGGUGGCCUGCAGCUACCGAUCGGUACCCCCUAUCACGCGACAAGGCGUCACACCGUCGGCCCGGGUGACACGGCCCACCAACCCACUGGUACCGUCUACCCCUGCGGAUAUAACGCCGGCUACGCACCCCUUCACCUCUUACCGAACCUCCAGCUAAGCACCGAGCCCCAGGUGUUGCCGCACACGAAUCUCGCCCUCAACUUACCCCUCGUCCAAAAUCAACCGCCCCAAAACUUUCAGAUUAAGGAUCAGCAUCUUCUCAAGCCACCCUCCGCCAUGGGGGCAACGAGUACCUUCGGACGAAGAGCUUCGGAUGGUGGGGCAAAUUUACACGUUUUUUAUCAACAGCAACACGGUAAUGGAGAAGAAGGCAGUUGGAGUCAACCUGGCAGUAGAGAACAUUUACAGCCGCCUGGUAGUCCGGCGCUUUCGCCAUCGUUGGGUAGCGCUACAAAUGGUGGCGACAGCAGCGGUGGAAGCUCUUCCAGUAGCAGCAGUGAUAGACGACAACGGCGCUCUGGUCUCACCACUGUCAUGCAACGUCCAGUUUUGAAUCCCGAGGUGGUCGUGGAGGUGGAAAAGCGGAUGAACAGGUGUUACUUACCAUCGAGACUGCUGCCGAACCAUUUGAAGUGCGGCGGAGGCCCAGCUCUGCCUCAUCACAGGAAAACUUCCAUAUAUCCGACCAGUACUGCCGGCACGAGAGAUUCCUACAAGGAGCCAAGCGCCCACGUAACGACGACCGAACGCUAUUCACCGGUGCGCCGAGCCUCGGAGGGAUCCGGACCACCGGGACCCGGCAUCCAGGCUCUACAGCAAGAGUACCAACAGCUACAAAGGCUCGCUUCCCCAUCGCACAGUCCAGCAAGCAUGCCCGGGUCACCGGUACACGAAAGGGGCGUCGCGGCCAUCACUCAAGGCCUAAGUGGAUUGACGACAGCUCCUGUUCAGGGAAGCAUAGUACAUGGUACACCGACGCAGCAACCAACCACGCCCUUAGAUUUAAGUCCAUUAAGACAUCAUCGUUCACCGGCUACGACACCCGUGAGCUACUCGCCCAGCAAUAGCCCAGCCUUAGACAUGAUUCAAGAGGAACACCCAGUCGAUGUAUUGAGGGUGCCGCCGCCGCCACAGAUCUCCGUGACGGAUGUCCUUGGUGGUCAGGUGACUCUUGUCGGGUGUCCACCGUCGCCCUCGCCCUCUCUGAAUUCUAUCGAGGACAUUCUUCAUUACAACCCAUUGCCGUCAUUCGUCAUCUCGGAACCGUGCGACCUUCAGAGGCCGAGCAUCACGCGGGGUAUCGGCCGACCCCUGGGCACACCCAUUCCGGCGGAGGUCGAGGUCACGCUGUCGGACGAGUCGAGCCGACUCAAUUCGGAGACGAUUCUCGGCCGCGUCAAGCAGAUAAUCGACGCUCGUGCACCUCCAAAGGGAUUCGUCUUCUCGCGACAGGAGGUGGACGGAAGUGGACUUAGCCUCGAGUAUCCGGGCGGCGUGCAGAUCGAGCUGAGGGUCUGCGAGAGCGAGGAAAAGGAGGCCAAAGGCAUCAAAAUGAGGAGGAUCAGCGGGGACCAAUUGCAAUAUAGUCAGCUCUGUCAGCAGCUGAUAUCUUGCAUUACCGUUUGACGGCAGAAGCCGUUUGUCGUCGUAGUCGUUCACGUCGUCGUUAGGGACUUUGACUCUGGGCGUAAUAUCGAGUCU